AUGUGCGGUCACUUUCUCGUCACAUUAAGGCAAGUUGUCACGGAGGCCGUCACAGAACAUGUAGUGAGGCGGAUUACGGUUGAAACAGAGCUCAAGUGGCAACACCAACCGCACAGACGGCAGAGCUUCACCGCGUCUAAACACAGUCUAAUCGGCUUCGUUAUCUUGUAUCUAAGAACUGAGCACCGACUACGAAGGGCAGCCACAAACCGUUAUAAUUUCAUGUUGAGCUCGUCGUUCGGCGAAAUGACAGCUUUCGUGAAUGCCAUUUCUCCCGUGCUCCCUUCAAAAUGCAGGCGUGUACUAGGUACCAAGCGUGGCAGGUCUCCCCGUGUCGUCGCUCGCUUUAACGCACGUCCUGUAACCAUGCUGGCGUCCUCCAAUUCCUCUGGAGGCGUUAACGAAGGCCCCGUGAAUUCCCGGAAAGAGAAAGCCGCUUCAUGGCAGGAGGAGUUAAAGAUGUUGUUAGAUCCUACCAUGCCGGUUGGAGUCAAGCAGGUGCUUGUCCAAGACUUGGCAAAACGGGCUCCAGAAGUGUUCAAUGAUGUUCUCUCGGGAAAGGGAUGCGCCGAUAUUGGACUACAAGGCGUGGCCGACGUCAUCAGACAGUUUCAAGAAGACUUGCUCCCAGACCUCGUUUCGAAUGGACCAAGAUACGUCGCCAAGGCUGCUGAGGACUUUCCGAAUGCCAUUUCCGGCAUGUCAUCCAGUUCAAGUGGCAUGCCCAGCAAAAUGCCGACGCCUGUCUCCCCAGAGGAGGUACAACGAGAGUUUCGCAACAUCUUUAAUAAGACCCCAGAGGGCUUGUUUACGCCAGAUUUCAAGGUUCUAGGCCAGUUUGAAGGGUAUGAGAUCCGUCAAUAUCCUACUUUGAUCAUUGCGGAAACGAAAAUGACAUCAGAGACGGCAUCAGCGUCAGGUGCGACUGAAGUAGAGAGCGCAUCGGCAAUGGGACAAAGUUUUAAUAACCUUGCGGGGUUCCUCUUCGGCAAGAAUGAGAGCAAGACAGCCAUGAAGAUGACGACGCCAGUUAUUCUGAGCAAAGGUGAACCGGAAGAAACGAUGAGCUUUAUCAUUGGCGAAUAUGAUAGCGUGGAGGCCGUGCCGAAAACUCUCGAUGAUACCGUCAAGUUGCGCGAGCAGGCCGGUCAAGUGCUUGCCGUGUCAGAAUUCACCGGGUUCGUUACUCAGGGGGAAGCAAAGAGACAGCGCAAGAAGCUGAUGGAUAAGCUCGCUCGUGAUAAUAUCGCCCUUGGACCCGAUGCAGAGUCAAGCUACAAAUGCAUGAUAUACAACGGUCCAUCGACCUUGCCGAAUUUGAGACGAAAUGAAAUCAUGCUGGAAGUUGUAUACUCAACUACAGAGGAGAAUGUAUCUUAAGGUGUUGUAAGGUGUUGUAAAGCUAUCUUUGCUGUACAUCAUGCUUGCAGUGGGUCAUUCGGCGUUGAGCAAUUGCCCGGUGGAGAGAUGCUCGCAAUCCAGCAAAUUGGAGAGCAGCUUUUAGGAAUGGUGUAGUACAUGUGUUCCUAGUGAAGCUUGUUGUUACUAUACAACACCGAAACCUUUUAAAUCCCUGGAACUAUAUUUGGUUA